AUGGCUAGAAACAAAGUGAACUAUGCUUUGAUUGAAGAUGCUAGUAAAAAAAAAGUCUCAUAUAAUAAAAGACUGAAAGGGCUCUUGAAAAAAUCUGAUGAAUUGAAAACACUUUGUAAUGUUGAAGUGGCUACAGUCAUAUACGGCCCUUACAUAAAUGAACCAUAUACAUUUCCAAAUAAUGAUGUUGUACGCAACACUUUUAUAAAGUUUAAGGUGUUGCCGACAUUGGAGAGAUCUAAAAACAUGGUGACAAGAGAAGAGUUCACCAUGCAAAGGAUCAAGAAGUUGGAGGAACAACUUCAAAAGGUAAGGAAGGAAAAUAGGGUCAGGGAAAUGACAAAUGAGAUGUAUGAGGUGUUCAAGAGAAAACAUAUUUUUGUUGACAUGAACCCUUCCGAUCUCAACGACCUAUGUUGUGUAACGAAGAAAUAUCUCAAACACGUGCGUGAACUAAUGAUAAAAGAGGCUGAUGGAGAGGGUUCUACAUCGAAUUCCCCUCAACUCAUUGUUGAACCAAUGGUACCCAGUAGGAACUACUCUGAAGGACAAAGGGAUCCUUCUCCUCUAUUGUUUUCACAAAUGUUUCCUCCAAUGGUUCCACAAUUGUUUUCUCCAAUGCCUCAACGCAUGGAUGUUGGAAAACCACCUGGACUGACCCCUCCAAUGCCGUCAACAAUAAUGGAUUCUCUGAUUCCUUCACCAAUGAUGGAUUCUCUAUUGACUUACCAUAUAGUCCUAUUAUUUCUAUGUUGCUCAACUGGAAUGAUGAUGUUGUGA